GUGUGACGUCAGCAGCGCUCGGUUGUCACACGUUGGUCGGUGUGUGUCUGCUGCUGCUGUUGCUGCUCACUGUGGUUCUGACGCACUUGUUUUUAUACACGUUAGACUCUGAGACCACUGGGUGUCGAUUAAUCUGUCGACUGCGGUGGUUUGUCCUCGGGUGUAGCCGAAGAGAGAAGCAGGCAGUCACACAGGUCUCUUCAAAUCUUCGUUUCACCUGUGACUUCGCCCGUUUGUCGGUGGAGCAGCGAUUUCUGGGCUCAGUCUGAAGGCGGCGCUCUGGAGAACAUGUCUCGACACCAUCCGAACUCCUCUUUUCUGCCUGCAGCCACGCACGGAGUCCUGAAGUCCCUGCUGGAGAAUCCGCUCAAACUGCCGCUGCAGCAUGAAGUGUUCAGUAAAGAGCAGGAGAAGGAGAAGAACCUGGAGGAGGACCACAGCGCCCCCCAGUCUGCCUUCCUGGGCCCCACGCUGUGGGACAAGACCCUGCCCUACGAUGGGGACGGUUUCCAGCUGGAGUACAUGGACCUGGAGGAAUUCCUGUCUGAGAAUGGCAUUCCCUCUAGCCCCGCCCACCAUCACCACCACCAACACCACCACCAGCACCAACCGCCACCAACUCCAAUCAUGCUGCCAGCCCCACCCACACCUGCGUCCACAGUGAUGGACCUGAGCAACCACGCCUCCACCUCAGUCAACACAAACGUCGUCUCUGGGGACUGCCUCCACGACAGUCCCAUCAAAGCAGGAGUCUCCAGCUCCCGGAACACUCCCAGUCCCAUCGAUCCAGACUCCAUCCAGGUCUCCACCGGCUACGAGCCUGACCCUGCUGACCUGGCUCUGUCCAGCGUUCCAGGUCAGGAGAUGUUUGACCCUCGUAAACGCAGAUUUUCCGCCGAGGAGCUGAAGCCGCAGCCCAUGAUCAAGAAAGCUCGGAAGAUUUUCAUCCCUGAGGAUCUGAAGGAUGAUAAGUAUUGGGCCCGACGCAGAAAGAACAACGUGGCGGCAAAGAGGUCACGUGACGCUCGUCGUCUGAAGGAGAACCAGAUCGCCAUCAGGGCCGGGUACCUGGAGAAGGAGAACACCGCCCUCAGACAGGAAGUAGCCGAACUGAGGAAGGAGCUAGGACGAACCAAGAAUGUCCUGGCCAAGUACGAGGCCCAGCACGGGCCACUGUGAGCCCAUGUAACGGGGCUCCUUCCUCAUGUUUGACCACAGUCCUAACUUCAAUCAUGUUUUGGAUGUGAUGACAUCAUCAUAGAACUUAAAGGGAUAGUACAGGUUCUUAAAUAGUGUGUGCUUGAAUGAGGUGCUGUUUAAAGUAUGCACAGACUGUGAUUUGAGUGCCCCCUGGUGCUAGGCCUAGCCACACACGUAGGUUAGCUGUCAGUGAAAACACGGCUGCCAUUUGGAACACCUGAAAAAAAGAUUUUAGACUUUCAACAAUAAUUAAAUUAUUCUACACCAGCUCAAAUCUGCUAUUUUUGAAGAUUCUCUUGACCACAUUAACGUUUCCGACAGUCUCAUUAUUUCUUUAGAGGCACAGCUAAUUAACUACAUCAGAAUAAUUCAACUAUUAUGUAAAUAUUUCCACUGCGUCAUCUCACUGUUAAUCAGAAUAUCUCACCAAGAAUAUUAACUUCUUUCUUUACUUUCGCACGCCAAGCAUUAUAGGUGAAAGAAAAAUACAAAAGUUGUUGGACAACUGCUGCCUCGUGUGAUCAGUUUUUGUGACUGCAGUGAAGGAAAACAAAUGAUUUAAACGUCUGGUUAGAAACAGACAUGUAGGAACAUAGAGAUGGAGGCAGCAGUGCUCCAACAACUGCUUUAUUUUCUCUUUGGUUUUCUACACUAGUCCACCAAAAACCUCAGUCCUGUCUUAUGGUCUAGUUAGAGCAGAACUGAGGAAUCUUGUGCAUGUUGUAAUCCAUACACUCACCAGCAGGUGGCACUUUUUCUUCUUUGUCGGACCAUUUGUCGUGGAUGGUGUAAACCAGACCUCUGUUCCUCUUAGUGCAAUAGUUGCUUUGAUUUAACGCUCAUUGAUAAGAGUGCCCCCCAGUGGCUGAGCAAGACAUGAAUGUACAAGGACGGAACCACUUUCUUUACUACAGACCAAAAACUAAAGCAUAUAUAUGUGUAAAAACAGACAGAGAGAAUAUAUUGAUAUAUAAAGAAAUGGUUUUAAUGUUUAUACAAAGUUAUUCUUGUUUUUGUACAAAUCUGUUAUUUCCUACGUCAGUUUUAAACCUCUAUUUAAGAUUUUAAAAAACCUUUAUAAACAGUGGGGCUCAAGGAGGAGCCACGUCAUUAGUUUUCUCCCUGUAUAGUUCAGAUACCUCAAACUCCGCCCCCUGCUUACCUGUCUGUGUUGCUCCACCCCCCUGCGUCUUUGUUCGGGUAGCCCCGCCCCUUUCUGAUGAACUUUAAGGUUUUGUUGUUGUGUAGUUUUGUUGUUUUUUUUUUUACAUAAAAGCUAAGAAUGUGCACGACCUGAAGCACUUAUUCACUUCUCUGUAAUUAUUUUACUGUUUUUUUUAUUUUGUGCAGAUAUUUUUCAAUUUAUGAUCCACAACAAACAAUAAAUAAAAACAGUCUUGAUUUGUUGGUGUGUUCUGUAACAGAAGCAGACAGUAGUCCUACUAACUACAAGGCUGAUACUGUGAGUUCAAAACAAACCCACUGCGUAUUAACAUCUUUGUUUUGCCUGGAACACUGUACAGAACGUUUUAUUAUCCGUUAUAUUUUGUGUGUUCUUUUUUUAUUAUUUGUGGUUCGGUUGUACGUGGAAAUUAAAAGCCGGAUACAGUAA